UACAACAACAACCACCACACUCUUUACCAACCAACCACACUCACUUCCAACUACACUCAUUUCCAAUCACAAUACUUCUUCGUCUCCUCAAUCAACCCAUCAACAACCCAUCAACAACACUUCAAGAUGUCUAUCCAGUCUAUCAUCCUCGCUCUCUUCACUUUCGUCGCUAUGAUCGCGGCUGUUCCCACCAACUUCAAUGUCUUCCAGCGCUCGGAUGCCUGUGGCGCUGGUAGCACCGCUCACUGCUGCAACGAUGAGACGGCCCAGGCGGUCACCAACCAUGAUGGCCUCAGUCCCGAUGUCGGCGGAAUCAAGAACCUCCUCGGCCAGUGCAGCGAUAUCACUGUUGCUGUCAUUGGAGGUGCCGUUCCCAUCAAGAACAUGUGCAAACAGACUGCCGUCUGCUGUGGAGACAUGGAGCAAAAUGGCGUCGUCAACUUCGGCUGCACUCCUAUCAACGCUAACUAAGCCGGGAAGAG